AUGGCGCAAGCAGGUCCUAUGACAGACCUGACACAGCGACUUUUUGUGGACCUCAGGUCCAAGAAUGAGGAUGUCCGCGCUCGAGCUGCCUACGAGCUGUACGACUACGUGCUCUCUGUCUCACGAGAUUGGCCAUCGGAGAAGUUCGUCGAGUUUUACAACGCUGUCAGCCAACGAAUAGCCCAGCUAGUCGUUACCGGGAAUGACGCAAAUGAGAGAAUCGGCGGCCUUCUAGCGCUGGACCGGCUCAUCGACUUUGACGGUGUUGAUGCUGCUCAGAAAACUACCAGAUUCGCUAGCUACCUUCGCAGCGCCCUUCGAAGCAACGAGAAUGUGGUCUUGGUAUAUGCGGCUCGAUCGCUAGGGCGUUUGGCGAAGCCAGGCGGUGCUUUGACUGCGGAAUUAGUGGAGAGCGAGAUUCAGUCAGCUCUGGAAUGGCUUCAGUCGGAGCGCCAGGAGAGCCGACGAUUUGCGGCUGUUCUAGUGAUCCGCGAGCUUGCCAAGGGCUCACCGACGCUGCUGUAUGGCUUCGUACCGCAAAUCUUCGAGCUGGUCUGGGUGGCAUUACGAGAUCCAAAGGUUUUGAUUCGAGAAACUGCUGCGGAGGCCGUGGGAGAGUGUUUUGAGAUUAUCGUGGCACGCGAUGCGCAAGUUCGUCAGUCAUGGUUUGCCCGCAUCUACGAAGAGGCGUUGCUAGGCCUCAAGUCUCACAAUGUCGACUGGACCCAUGGAUCUCUUCUUAUCCUGAAAGAGUUGAUUCUGAAGGGCACCAUGUUCAUGAAUGAACACUAUCGAAACGCCUGCGAGAUCGUACUUCGCCUUAAAGAUCAUCGUGAUGCCAAGAUUCGUACCCAAGUUGUUCUCACUAUUCCUAUUCUUGCAUCCUACGCCCCCACCGACUUCACUGAGAUCUACUUACAUAGAUUCAUGAUCUACCUACAAGCGCAACUCAAACGAGAGAGGGAACGAGAUUCAGCCUUCAUUGCGAUCGGGAAGAUCGCGAAUGCUGUUGGACCGGCUAUUUCUCAGUAUCUGGAUGGUAUAAUCGUCUACAUACGGGAGGGACUAGCCAUGAAAGCGAGAAAUAGAGGAGGUGUUAAAGAGGCUCCUAUGUUUGAGUGUAUCAGCAUGCUCUCACUGGCUGUAGGACAAGCUCUCAGCAAAUACAUGGAGGCAUUGCUCGACCCGAUCUUCGCUUGCGGCCUGAGCCCAGCAUUGACACAAGCUUUGGUUGAUAUGGCACAUUACAUUCCGCCCAUUAAACCUACGAUCCAAGAGAAACUACUCGACAUGCUCAGUAUAAUCCUCUGUGGCACACCAUUCCGGCCACUGGGCUGUCCUGAGAAUCGCCUACCUCCAAUACCUUCCUUUGCGAAGGACUUCGCAAUUCAUGAGCCACAUGCAGAUUCGGAGAUUGCAUUAGCUUUACAUACUCUGGGAAGCUUCGACUUCUCUGGUCAUAUCCUGAAUGAAUUCGUUCGUGAUGUCGCCAUUAAUUAUGUGGAAAACGAUAACCCGGAGAUUCGAAAGGCAUCAGCGCUCACCUGCUGUCAACUCUUUGUCCAUGACCCAAUUAUCAACCAGACCAGUGGCCACUCCAUCCAAGUCGUUGGCGAGGUCAUUGAUAAACUCCUGACAGUCGGCAUUGGGGACCCUGACCCAGAGAUCAGACGGACUGUGCUAUGGUCAUUAGAUGCUAAAUUUGACAAGCAUCUGGCCCGGCCAGAGAACAUCCGAUGCCUGUUCCUUGCCGUCAACGACGAGGUUUUUGAGGUCAGAGAAGCAGCAAUUUGCAUGAUUGGGCGUCUCUCCAGUGUGAACCCCGCUUAUGUAUUUCCACCCUGCGGAAGUUGCUGGUCAACCUUCUCACCGGCCUGGGAUUUGCCAAUACAGCUCGUCAAAAAGAGGGAGACUGCUCAGCUCAUCAGUCUGUUUGUGUCAAAUGCUACGAAGCUGAUAAGAUCAUAUGUGGAUCCUAUGGUGACGGCCCUCCUGCCCAAAGCCACAGAUCCCAAUCCUGGCGUGGCCGCAGUCACGCUCAAGGCAGUUGGUGAACUUGCUAACGUCGGUGGAGCUGAGAUGAGGCGCUACUUGACACAGAUCAUGCCCAUAAUAUUGGAUUCCCUUCAGGACCUAUCUUCUCACACUAAACGAGAAGCCGCAUUGCGAACACUCGGUCAGUUGGCAAGUAACUCAGGCUAUGUGAUUGAGCCAUAUCUCGAAUAUCCUCACCUUAUGGACGUUCUCAUCAACAUCACCAAGACGGAGCCAACGGGGACUCUCAGGAAUGAGACCAUCAAGCUGAUUGGUGUUCUCGGUGCACUUGACCCGUACAAGUACCAACAAAUUAGUGAUGCGGAGCCCGAUGUUCACCACAUCAACGAGAUACAGAAUGUUUCCGAUGUGGCUCUGAUCAUGCAAGGACUGACUCCAUCAAACGAAGAAUACUACCCAACGGUUGUCAUUCACACUUUGUUGCAGAACAUUUUGCGAGAAAAUUCGUUGGUUCAGUAUCACUCAGCCGUGGUCGAUGCUAUUGUGACUAUUUUCAAGACGUUGGGGUUGAAAUGUGUGCCGUUCCUUGGGCAAAUCAUCCCUGGUUUCAUUUCUGUUAUCCGAAGCUCACCCACGAGUCGGUUGGAAUCGUACUUUAACCAACUGGCUAUUCUGGUCAAUAUCGUGCGACAACACAUUCGUGCUUUCUUGCCAGAAAUCAUUAAUGUCAUCCGUGAUUUUUGGGAUGCCUCCUAUCAAAUCUUUAGAAGGAAGUUCCGAAAGUAUCUGGCCGGUCUAGUGCCGUUGAUGCUAGACACACUCGAGAAGGAUUCUACUCCUCGCCGCCAACCAUCCGAGAAGAUCCUCCAUGCGUUUCUUAUUUUCGGUGCAAGCGGAGAGGAAUACAUGCACCUUAUCAUCCCUUCAAUUGUGCGCCUAUUUGACGGGCCCCAGAAUCCACAGAGUAUCCGCAAGUCUGCUAUUGAUAGCUUGACGAAAUUAUCGCGGCAGGUGAAUGUGUCGGAUUUUGCCUCUCUGAUGGUCCAUUCCUUAUCCCGAGUCGUUGCUGGAAGCGAUCGACUUCUUCGCCAGGCUGCAUUAGACUGUAUUUGUGCCCUGAUAUUUCAGCUUGGCCAAGACUUCACUCACUUCACCCAUCUUUUGAACAAGGUGUUGAAACAGCACCAGAUCAGUCACGUCAAUUACCAGAUUCUGGUAACGAAGCUCCAGAAGGGAGAUCCUCUUCCGCAAGAUCUCAACCCGGAAGAGAAUUACGCAUUCCCGACUGAUGAGACAAAUUAUGCUGAGAUUGGCCAAAAGAAGAUGGUCGUGAACCAACAGCACCUCAAGAAUGCCUGGGAUGCUUCUCAAAAAUCCACCAGAGAAGAUUGGCAGGAGUGGAUCCGACGAUUUAGCGUUGAGCUUUUGAAGGAGUCUCCUUCUCCAGCAUUGCGAGCAUGUGCUAGUUUAGCCGGUGUUUAUCAACCGCUGGCUAGGGAUUUGUUCAACGCUGCGUUCGUGUCUUGUUGGACUGAAUUGUACGAUCAGUACCAGGAGGAAUUGGUGCGGUCAAUUGAGAAAGCACUCACAUCUCCAAACAUUUCUCCUGAGAUUCUUCAGGUUCUGCUCAAUCUUGCUGAGUUCAUGGAGCACGAUGACAAGGCUCUUCCCAUCGACAUUCGCACAUUGGGAAAGUACGCCUACAAGUGUCAUGCCUUUGCCAAGGCCCUCCACUACAAGGAGCUUGAAUUUGAGCAGGACCAAAACUCCGGUGCUGUUGAGGCUUUGAUCACCAUCAACAAUCAGCUCCAGCAAUCUGAUGCUGCGAUCGGUAUCCUGCGUAAGGCACAGGCCUACAGAGACGUAGAGCUGAAAGAGACAUGGUUUGAAAAGCUUCAGCGAUGGGAUGAAGCUCUUGCAGCGUACAAACGUCGCGAGAAAACCGACCCAGACUCAUUCGGUAUUACCAUGGGUAAAAUGCGCUGUCUACAUGCCCUUGGCGAAUGGAAGGUUCUGUCAGAUCUUGCUCAAGAGAAAUGGAACCAAGCAUCUCUAGAACAUCGCAGAGCUAUUGCGCCUCUUGCUGCUGCUGCUGCUUGGGGCCGCCGCCAGUGGGAGCUGAUGGAUUCGUAUCUCGGUGUGAUGAAGGAACAGUCCCCUGACCGAUCUUUCUUUGGCGCUAUUCUCGCUAUCCACCGGAACCAGUCCGAGGAGGCAAACAUGUACAUCGAAAAAGCCCGCAAUGGACUCGACACAGAGCUUUCAGCUCUUCUUGGAGAGCCUUACAACCGUGCCUACAACGUUGUUGUACGUGUCCAGAUGCUUGCUGAACUGGAAGAGAUCAUUACCUACAAGCAUAAUAUUGGCGACCCGGAACGGCAAGAGGCUAUGCGCCUGACUUGGAAUAAGCGUUUACUCGGGUGUCAACAGAAUGUUGAGGUAUGGCAGCGCAUGUUCAAGGUUCGCGCCCUCGUAACUGCCCCUCGGGAAAAUCUGGAUAUGUCUAUCAAAUUCGCAAACCUAUGCCGAAAGUCAAAUCGCAUGGGUCUUGCAGAACGGUCUCUCGCAGCCCUGGAGACAGUUGAUCAAACUGGAACGCGUACAAUUGUUCCACCGGAAGUCACCUAUGCUCGGCUGAAGUUCAGCUGGGCGAAUGGCCACCAGCAGGAAUCACUCGACAUGCUGAAAGAAUUUACCUCCGGCCUCAGCGAGGAUCUUGCUAAGUAUAACAGUCUCAUGGUUUCUCAGUCAGAGCACCAGCAUCAUGGGAUGAAUGGCGUCAAUGGUAUGGUCGAGUCCAGCCACCCCGACUUGAUUGGCCUACGUGAACGAAUUGGCGACGUAGCUAAAUUCAAGAAACUGCUCUCCAAGAGUUACCUUCGUCUGGGCGAAUGGCAGACCGCUCUCCAGCGAGGCGAUUGGCGCCCAGAAUACGUCCGCGAAGUGCUCAGUGCAUACUCUGCAGCCACCCAAUACAACCGCGACUCAUACAAGGCUUGGCACUCAUGGGCUCUUGCCAACUUCGAAGUGGUCACGACUAUUGCCAAUCAAGCAAGCCGGGAGGGCAAUCCUGCUCCUGUUCCCGCUCACAUUGUUACGGAACAUGUUAUUCCUGCCCUCCGUGGUUUCCUCCGUUCUAUUGCCUUGUCGUCCACUUCCUCGCUCCAAGAUACCCUUCGGCUAUUGACCUUGUGGUUUACGCAUGGUGCGGAUCAUGAAGUCAAUACCGUUGUCACUGAAGGCUUCACCACUGUGAACAUUGAUACUUGGCUUGCGGUCACACCACAGCUGAUUGCACGAAUCAAUCAGCCCAACGUCAGAGUUCGUGGGUCUGUUCACAGGUUACUUGCUGAGGUCGGCAGGACGCAUCCACAAGCUUUGGUAUACCCGUUGACGGUCGCCAUGAAGUCGAAUGUGACUCGACGCUCCCAAUCUGCUACUAGCAUCAUGGAAAGCAUGCGCCAACACAGUGCCAAGCUCGUAGAACAGGCUGACCUUGUGAGCCACGAAUUGAUUAGGGUCGCUGUGCUGUGGCAUGAGCUCUGGCAUGAAGGUCUCGAGGAAGCUUCUCGUCUCUACUUCGGGGACCAUAACGUGGAGGGCAUGUUUGCAACUCUGGCGCCUCUUCAUGAAAUGUUAGACCAAGGCGCGGAGACUCUUCGCGAAGUGUCAUUCGCACAGGCUUUCGGCCGCGACCUUGCGGAGGCUAAGCACUACUGCAUGCUUUAUCGCCAGACCCAAGAGAUUGGGGAUCUUAACCAAGCCUGGGAUCUCUACUAUACUGUUUUCCGUAAGAUCAGCCGCCAGCUUCCCCAGUUAUCCAUUCUCGACCUCAAAUAUGUGUCACCUCGCCUCAAGGACUGCUCUGAUCUGGAUCUGGCCGUUCCCGGAACUUACCAGAGUGGGCGGCCGAUUAUCCGCAUCAUCAGCUUCGAUCCUAUCCUACAUGUCCUCCAGACCAAGAAGAGGCCACGGCGCAUGACUCUGAAGGCUAGCAAUGGAAGCUCCUACAUGUACGCUCUCAAGGGCCAUGAGGACAUUCGGCAAGAUGAGCGUGUCAUGCAACUAUUCGGGCUGGUCAAUACACUGCUGGACAAUGAUGGUGAAAGCUUCAAGAGACAUUUGUCUGUCCAACGCUUCCCGGCAAUCCCACUGUCCCAGAACUCGGGUAUCAUUGGAUGGGUGUGCAACAGUGACACAUUACAUGCACUUAUCAAGGAAUACCGAGAGAGUCGGCGCAUCUUGCUCAACAUCGAGCAUCGGAUCAUGCUUCAAAUGGCCCCUGAUUACGACAGCCUCACUCUCAUGCAGAAAGUUGAAGUCUUCGGAUAUGCCAUGGACAACACCACCGGCAAGGAUCUCUACCGUGUAUUGUGGCUCAAAAGCAAGAGCUCGGAAGCCUGGCUCGAGCGACGUACAAAUUACACGCGCUCUCUUGGUGUCAUGUCCAUGGUUGGUUACAUUCUUGGAUUGGGUGAUCGUCAUCCUUCGAACUUGUUGCUUGAUCGCGUGACUGGCAGAGUCGUCCAUAUCGAUUUUGGUGAUUGUUUCGAAGUUGCCAUGCACCGAGAAAAGUACCCCGAGCGCGUUCCGUUCCGACUCACUCGCAUGUUGACUUUCGCUAUGGAAGUAAGCAAUAUUGAGGGAAGCUACCGCAUCACCUGUGAGGCUGUCAUGCGUGUACUGAGGGAGAACAAGGACUCUCUGAUGGCUGUUCUGGAAGCCUUUAUUCAUGACCCUCUGAUUAACUGGCGGUUGGGUACCCAAGAGUCGCCUGAUCGGGUUUCCCUCACCGCUGAGCGCCGUCAAUCCAUCAUUGAGGGCAUUAACCUUGAACAUGGCGUGCAGUCUAGCAACUUCUCCCGGAACCGUCGACCAUCCAUCUUGGAAGGUGGAACUCUGGAUAUCCAAGAAGGAGUUCCUCCAGAAGCUCGCGAAGCUCAAAAUGCCCGUGCUCUGCAGGUUCUCGCCCGCGUUAAGGAGAAGCUCACUGGGCGGGACUUCAAGCAUACCGAAGAGCUCAACACUAGCGACCAGGUUGACAAAUUGCUCGCACAAGCUACCAAUGUGGAGAACAUCUGUCAGCACUGGAUCGGAUGGUGUAGCUUCUGGUGA